AUGGAUUCGCUCAAAGCCUUACAAACAGCACUAUCAGUAUUCCAUAGUCAUAAGGAUGUCCUCAAGGAACUGUCUAUUCGCAAACAUUUCAACAUCCCAAAGAUCCACCAACUCACUCAUUACAUCCAGUCAAUAACAUUGUUUGGUGCAGCUGAUGGUUUUAAUACAGAACUUCCUGAGUGCUUGCAUAUAGACUUUGCCAAGGAUGCUUACCGUGCCACCAAUAAAUGUGAUUAUGAAGAGCAAAUGGUCUUGUGGCUCCAGCGCCAGGAUGCCAUCUUUCUGCAGGGUGCAUAUCUGGAUUGGCUGGCACAAGUGCCUCUCUCAGCUGUAGGCCGGACUGAGGAUGAUUCAAACACAUACGACUCCGACUCAGAUUCGGACUCGGACUCACAUGAAACAGAGGCGGCUACUCCCCAUACUACAUCUGCCAAGCAAUUUCAAAUGACACAUGUCCUUGCAAAGGCUCCAGCGCAUCCACACCGAUCGAAGAAUCUCCCUGGCUGCACUGUCGUACCAGGGGUGCAGGACCGUUUUGACGUUUAUCAGCAAGUCGUCGUUGUAAUGCCACCUGACCUCCGAGUUGGUGAUACACCGAUAUGGAGGCGCAUUAGAGCCACACCUGAGAGAUUGUCAUCAGGCCGUAAGCCUGGUGGUCCGGCUCGGUUUGAUAUGGGGUUGAUAUCUGACGGUCCUCAUCCUGUGCGUUUGCAGACACUGCAUGGUCUGAGAGUGGCGCAAGUUCGUGCUAUAUUCACCCUCCCUUGUCAAUUUGGCACAUACACCAGAGCCCUCGCAUACAUUGAGUGGUUCACACCUUUCAGGACACCUGACCCUUCUUCUGGAAUGCGACUAGUGUCGCGCUCGACCUGCCAUUGUCGCCACAAUGCUGCUGUCAUUCAUGUCGACGAAAUCAUUAGGCCAUGUCAUUUAAUACCAAAGAUGGGACCGUCAGUUGAGUCAAGGUUGAGGAGUGGAGAUGCAUAUGAGGCCGCGAAUGAUUUUUAUUUUAAUGAGUUCAUCGACGGCGAGAUGUUUUGCACUUCAGUGGAUACUAAUUAG